UCGGGUAUCUACGACAAAUCCGAGGCAAAUAGUCAGAAAUUCGAAAGAGAAACAAGCGAAUAUUUUCUUAUGGCUGUUUUGUCUCCAAAGAAGUUUGCUAUCAUUACAAUUCUUCCAAUUUUUCUGGAAAUUGGAUUUUCUACAGCAAACAAAGACAUUUGCGGAAGCAUAUUUGAAACUCAAGUUGAUCGUGUUUUAACUGGACACAUCUUGAGUACCACUAUUGUUUUUCACGACUUUGAAUGCCAACUGCAAUGCCUCGGAAGUUAUAACAACAGGUGCAAGUCGUUCAAUGUCCAAACAGGAAAGAACACGAAAAACCGCACAUGUGAGCUGAACAACAGCACACGACGGCUGAAUCCAAAUUAUUUCAAACGGAAGAAAGGAUCUAUAUACUAUGGCUCCAUACAGAUCUCGUGCAUUGACAUCUCGCUCCAGCGCAGUGGAAAAACAAAGAGCGGUCAUCGUCAUUCAAGUUAUAAGGAAAAACAUUGCAAAAAAGUCUGUCCAACAGGAUGGAUUUUGUUCAAUAAUAACUGUUACUUGAUUGAUGACUCUGACUCCAAGACCUGGCUCCAAGCUCAAACGUUCUGCCGCAGUCUCAAAGGGGAACUGGUGAAGAUCAACAGCGCCGAAGAAAACGACUUCGUCUGGGACCUCGUAAAGAGACAAGCUACAUCUGUGUGGUAUGUUUGGAUUGGGCUGAAGUGGAACUCGACAGCGAAUGGAUUCUACUGGUAUGACCACUCAGUUCCAGUUUACAAUAACUGGAACACCGGUGAGCCGAAUGGAAGGGCUUCUGAGCCGUGUGGCCUCAUGUACGGUCCGUCUUCCGCACCCUCCCUCCAUGGCCGAUGGAACGAUGCUACUUGUGACCGCCAGUUUAGUGGCACUGCUUGCCAGAGAAUUCUCUAGCCUAGUUGACCCAAAAGUACUAGCUGUAAAGUGUUACAAGGGGGACGAUCCCCCCCUUCAUUGAGCAAAUAAAGCAACACUACUCGUAA